AUGGAAAAAGGUGAGAAGAACAAGAGAGGCAAGGUGGUCAUGCAAGGCUCCAGGGGCGUGGGCGACAACGUGCAGGGUGCCAUGGGCGGCAGAGCACGCGAGGCAGGCAUGGGGACACAGUUAGUGGGCACUGGGGCAUUGGGCACAUUUCAGGGUGCCAAGAGCUGCGCUGAAGCGAGUGCCACGGGCAACGGAGCAGGUGCCAUAGGUGUAGGCUCCAGAGUAGGUACAGGUGCUUGGGUACAGAUGGCGAUAAUUCGGGUAGCCAAGCAAGAGGUGAUAAAGCUAGAACUAGCAUUCCCCCAUGCACACCGCGAUGCAG